UUUCUCCCUCUCUGUGUCUGUGUAUGUCUCUCUCUCUCAUAAAAUAUAUACGCUCAAUACUUUUUUCUGUGUGAAUCACUGUGCCUCAGUGAGUGAGUGGUGGUGUGGGGGGUUUUGGGCAUGGCGAUUUCAGCGGCAGCUGUCAUCGUCCCACUGGGCAUCCUCUUCUUCGUUUCGGGCCUCGUCGUCAAUCUCAUUCAGGCAAUUUGCUUUGUCCUUAUUCGGCCACUGUCCAAGAGUACGUACAGAAGGAUUAACAGAGUGGUCGCUGAAUUGUUAUGGCUGGAGCUUGUAUGGCUCGUCGAUUGGUGGGCAGGAGUUAAGAUCCAAGUAUAUGCAGACCAUGAAACCUUUCAAUUAAUGGGUAAAGAACAUGCACUUGUUCUAUCCAAUCACAGGAGCGACAUUGAUUGGCUCAUUGGAUGGGUUAUAGCUCAGCGGUCAGGUUGCCUUGGCAGCACGUUAGCUGUAAUGAAGAAAUCGUCAAAAACCCUUCCGGUCAUAGGUUGGUCAAUGUGGUUUUCUGAGUAUCUUUUUCUGGAAAGAAACUGGGCCAAGGAUGAAAGCACGUUAAAGUUAGGUCUUCAACGGUUAAAGGACUAUCCUCAGCCCUUCUGGUUGGCUCUGUUUGUAGAGGGAACUCGCUUCACACAGGCAAAGCUUUUAGCAGCUCAGGAAUAUGCAGCCUCAUCAGGGUUGCCCAUUCCUCGUAAUGUUUUGAUUCCUCGUACUAAGGGAUUUGUUUCAGCUGUAAGUCAUAUGCGAUCAUUUGUUCCGGCCAUUUAUGAUAUAACAGUGGCUAUUCCUAAAAGUUCCCCUCCACCUACAAUGCUAAGACUCUUUAAAGGGCAGCCUUCUGUGAUGCACGUGCAUAUUAAACGGCAUUUGAUGAAAGACAUGCCUGAAACAGAUGAUGCUGUUUCACAAUGGUGCAAAGAUUUGUUUGUCGCCAAGGAUGCAUUAUUGGAUAAACAUAUUGCUGAGGACACCUUCAGUGAUCAAGAAUUGCAGGAUACUGGUCGGCCAAUAAAGUCUCUUUUGGUUGUUACCUCUUGGGCAUGUCUCCUUAUAUUUGGGGCUCUGAAGUUCCUCCAAUGGUCUUCACUUCUAUACUCGUGGAAGGGCAUUGCACUUUUGGCAUUCGGUUUAGCCUUUGUUACUUUUCUUAUGCACAUCUUGAUCCGGUUCUCGCAAUCAGAGCGCUCUACCCCUUCCAAGAUCGCUCCAGUGAAGCCCAAGAAUAUGGAAGUGCAUCUGGCAGACAAACAGCACUAACUCACUGGAUGAGCUUAUCAUACUCGUAGGUCUGUCUUACCUUUUGGUAUGUUUCCAUUUUAAUCCUCUAAGAAGUGUCUUUGUUUUUGUUUUGUUGUGUUUUUUUUUUUAAUUUUUUGUAUAACAUGGUAUGCAUGAAUACCAAUUCAUAAUUUCAU